AUGCGCAACCUCACAGAACUCAGAAUGUCCGACCCGACCUUUCGCAACCACAGCAGCGAGCAGGCGAAGAAAUACACCGAAGCCCGUGGAUCAUACAAAUCAAAGCUCAUCGAACUUGUACUUCGUCACCAUGGAGGAACUGGUGGGAAGUUUGACACCCUGCUAGAUGUCGGCUGUGGCCCAGGUAACGCGACUCGCGACCUGGCUCUGUCAUUCAAUGGGUCAGAUGAUCCGGAUUGCCCAGGACCUAGGAGGUCUGACCAUGACCAAGCAGCCGGUCUCAAUCACGUCACAUCUGCAGAGAAUUGUGUCAGCGUCCCGAGCCCGAGAAUGGCGUCGACCUGGCAGCAAGCCCCUUCAAACUCCCACGACAGACGACGGUGUCUAAUUAGAGUAUCAGGCCCACUGGCUCUCAUGCUCGAGUUCUGGGCAGAAGCAGCCAAGGUGGUCAAGCCUGGUGGAACAGUAGCUUUAUGGACUUCGGCCUCGUUUUUCUGCCAUUCCGCAACUCCCAAUGCGGAAGAAGUCCAAAAAGCGCUGUUCCGCCUGGAGCUCGAUGCUCUUGGGCUAUAUGAACUCCCGCCGAAUCGGCUCUCCCGGGAUAUGUACGACAACCUGCUGAUGCCCUGGGAUGUUGAGCCUGCAGUAUCGUGUUUCCCACAAGGGGACUUUGUUCGCCACGAGUGGGACAGGGACGGAGUUUUGACGAAUGGCGGAGAUUGCUUCUUUGGUGAAGGAGAUUAUACGCUGCGGGAGCCGGAGGAGGGCUUCGAUACAGCCAGCAUGAUGACAUGA